AUGGAAACACAAUCUCCCUCUGUCAGUCCUGAUCUAUUUCAAACCUCCCAUUCCCGUUGGCUUGCCAUUACACAUCGCGCCCCAUCAUCCCACUCAUCCUUUCUGUACGGCGUCAAAUCCACAAAGAUCUACUGUCGCCCCACCUGUGCUGCGCGCAUAGCUCGAAGAGCCAAUGUUGUGUUCUACGACACAGAAGACCAGGCGCGCCGUGAUGGUUUCCGGCCGUGCAAGAGAUGCGAGCCAGAUAACCCGAGUUUUCUCGGGGGAAAGGAGGAGGUUGUCGCGAGAGUUAUCACGCUUUUGCGGAUCAAGAAGGACGAGGUGGCGAUGAAGCAGGGCUUGAAGGAGCUGGCACAGGAGGUCGGGGUUACGCCGAGUUAUCUUUGUCGGGCGUUUAAGAAGACGAUGGGCGUUACGGUUGGGGCGUAUAUUAUGGAGUUUGAGAGGGAGAUCAGGCCGGGCGAGACGGAUAGUUCGACAGUUCAGUCUACUCAAAACCAUGGCUUGGGUGUGCUGGAUGCGGGUACUGGGCUCCUGACGCCGGUAAUAACAGCUAUGAACUCUCCGGUGCCUGUCGAGGGUCUAAAGGGAGGUGUGGAAACUGUUGAAGAGAACCAGGACUUGAACUUCAAUCUCGACGAAUGGUUCUGGAUGGAAGACUUCUUGAAUGACAGUAUCUAUGGUCGGGCCAUUUAA